AUUGAUUGAACUACUUCGAUGUAACUGAAAAUUUCAUGUGCUAAUCCUAAGACUGGAUCAAUUAAUUAAUAGGACGAAAGGAGAUUCGCAGUCACAGUAUUUAUCAAAUUUUAAUGAAAAUAUGUGACUCUUUUGUCCACUAAACAAUGGAUAAUAACACUGAAUUUUUAUCAUUAGCCAGACAAAGUAGUCUUGAAGGGAAUUUAUCACUAGCUAUACAAAAUUACUUCUCCUACUUCCACAAUGCGCCUAAAAUAUCUUGGGAUCAAGUAAAUGUGGAAGAGUUCGUUGAUUUAAUUUGUGACCUUAAAAUUUUUCUCCGGAUCCCACCUGUUGCCGAAGAAUUAUGGAAUACUAUAAAAGAGGCCACAAAUCUUUUUCCAGAUAAUUGGAGGUUGAUGGAUCUCUCAGCAGACAUAUAUUAUCAAUUUGAAUGUCAUGAGGAAUUUAUUACGAGUGCAUUCAGUGCAUUUGAAAUUGCACAGAAAAAUAAUGUAUCUUGUCUAUCUCUUGAAAGGAAAAUAUUAGAUAUUAUGUGGUUCAAAGUUCCUAGAUGGCACUUCCGGAUGUUGAAUGGUAAAUUGCGAAAUACUGCAUAUAAGAAGGCAAUUCAUAAAGCUCUUGAUGAAGAAUUCACUAGUGCUCUAGAUAUAGGUGCAGGAUGCGGUUUGCUUAGCUUAUAUUUAGGCACUCAUCGCUCGAAACCUACAAUAACUUUGUUCGAAUCCGACAAAACCUUUUAUGAUUUAGCAGUUUUGAAUUUGAAAAAAUAUUGUCCAGAAAUUGUUUUAGAUAGUUACCAAUCAAAUUCAAACGAUAUAGAAAGAACCAAAUUCAAGUCGAAUUUAUUGGUAACGGAAAUAUUUGAUGUGGCAGUUUUCGGAGAGGGUAUUCUAUCCACAUUACUACACUCCUUCAAUUGGCACAUAGAUACAAGUAAUUACAGAAUAAUUCCAGCGCGAGUCAACAUUUUUGUUACCGGAAUAACAUGUAAAAAUUUAGAUAGACAAUUUAGACUUCAAAAUAAAAUCUCAAGUUUACUUAUUGAUGAAAAUAUACUUGUCACUAAAAAUAUAGAAGGAGACCCUUACGAUGCUGAAAAUAUAUUGGGACAUAAAUUUCAGGCUUUAACCGAAACGACCGAAUUAAUGAAACUUUAUUUUCAUGAGAAAGAGACACUUGAAUUCAUUUACGGUAAUAAUUGGAGCAAAGAAAUAAAUUUGAAAGGAAUUGGGAGUGGGUUUAUAGAUUGUUUGGUUGUGUGGUUUGAUCUUCAUCUCGAUAAUGAAACAAUGAUUUCCACCAAUCCUUUGCACAAUCAGAAUGAACCCUGCUGGGAGCAAGCAAUAUUCCACUGUAGGACCCCUUUGGAAAUCAGUGAAAAUAAGAAUAUAACAUUAUCUGUGAAAAUCCAGGAUGAACAUUUGCUUUUCGAAAAAAUAGAUGAAAGCUUACAAACCAUUCCCCACUUUAUACUUGAUGGAAUCUGUCUACAAUUUUUGAACGAUGUGGAAUGGACCAAAUUCUUGAUAUCUCUGUCCGAAAUGAUUACUGAAAAUGAGCAACUCACAAUAUUGGAUUUUAGUUGUUUUCCAUUGCUUGGAUUACUAUUAGCUAAAAAAGGACACAAAGUUAUUCAUAUAGACCAAAGUUCUGAAAAUAAUGAUCUGGUCGAUUAUUUGGUUAAAAAAAAUGGGAUAAAUCCAUUAUUUUUUCAAGCUGUUGAUAGACAUGUUUUUGCACCUUACGUUUUGAGGGAGGAUAAAAUAGAUUAUGUUUUUUUUGAGCCCUGCGAUUCUGGGGGUAGGUUAAAUUCGUCACCUUCUGACAACAUUAUUUUUAAAAAAUUCAAAUUUAAUGGGUUUUUCACUGAUAUCUAUGUCCAUUUCAAAUUGAUAUAUUCCGCCUAUUUAAAUUAUUGCAAUAAGGUUUCUGUGGAGAAUGUACAACCUUUCGAGAAUCUGGCCAAUAAUAUCAAUUUAUUCACGGGUACUGAACAUCCAUGUUUACCUCAUGAUUUUCCGCAUGAGGACAUUACAAAUGAUCAGAAAUGGAAUGUGAAAGAGAAUCCUCAGAAAGUAUUUUCAUUGAGAAGUUUGAAAGAUGGGAAAGUAAAUGCAAUAUUAACCUGGUUCACUAUCGUUGGUAAAGGGGGAAUUCAGUAUUGUACCAGAGAAAGCACCUACUUCAAUCUGAAUGCUCUGCUCAUACCAGAAAGGAGAGUGGAAAAGAGUGAAACUCUGAUUGCAUGUUGUCAGUAUGAAAAGGGAGGUUUUUUUAAGAUUCAGAUUUGUGAGGAAAAAGAGCUUGCUAGGGGUUUUUCAGUUGAAGAGAAGCAUAGUCUUCCCCUCAAGAACUUUUUUGCUGCUUAUCAUAAUGAAUAUCUAGAAUCUGAACAUGAUUCGGCGUUGAAUAAUGAUUAAUAAAAUUCUCUAUACAU